CACUACGACCAAAAAGACUACUUCACCAACCUGCGUGCGGCAAUGGACCUUAAAGCGUUGUACUGGCUCAAAUCUGCUCGCUUAGCGCGGCUCAGCGGAAGGCACCAGACGGCAUACCGAGCACUGCUACAGGCAGGCAAUAACAAGAAGCCACCCCCGAAGUACCACAUAGAAAAGGUGCUGUGCAUAUAA